AUUGGACACUACCAUCACUUCAAGAUGGAGGAGGGAGAGGUAAUUAUUUGGACCGUACUAACUCGUUUGUGCCUGUUUGUUGUUUCUGAUUUUUAGGUAGUUGUCUUUAGGUACCAUUAAAAAUGUUUUUUAAAUAUGAUGCAGGUUUAAAUUUGUGUAUUUGAGUAUUUGGUACCUUUUCCUACAAGUGUCUAUAUUUUAAAUUUUAUGCCUAAUUUUACUUCUGUUUUGCAACUUAGUGCUGCAUUUAUUUGGAACUUAUAAGGCAAGAAAAACUGUAUCUGUAUUGGGAUAAAAAUUAGAUUUAGUUGUACAAUUCAUUUUAAACAUAGAUUAGACCCUUUUCAUUGUAACAAGGAUGGAUUUUACGAAAUUGAACUGUCUAAUAUAAUUAGUUUAAGCUUGGACAAGAAGCUUGUUUCAAGAUCAUACACACUUUCAUAGUGGUUGUAAAAAAAAAAAAAAGAAGAAGACAUUUGACAUCACAACCUAAGGUUCCACUGUAAAAAAAAUAUUGCAAUGAUCCCUUCAAAUCUACCUGAACAUUCACUAUGAAGUUCUGGAUUAAAAAAAUAAAUCUACAGCCUUGUUACUGAUUCAUUGCAGCUAACACAAUCCUCCUGCUGCCUUUCCUUCUUGCUCAGAGCCCAAAGCCUUAAAUCACAACACUAAUCCUUGUGAACAGUAUUUUUAACUUGCGUUUGGACAGAAAGAACAUCAAUAGGAUUAGAGAAUCAGUGCAAAGCUGAGGCGGUAACACAUGCAGUUGAUCUCACAUGCUCUGAGGAAAGCACAGCAGUACUUACUUUAUCUGGAUUUCAACAUGAAAGCAGAUGGUUUCUCUGAAAGUGUUGUUUGAAUAAAUACCUGGUGGAUUCUUCUACUUCUUCUUCUUCUUUUUUUUUUUUUUUUUACUAAUUUAGUCAGAACCUACCGCAGAAUAGAACAAAACUACUCUAUGUUUUGGACACCAAAAAGCUGCCACAAUGGAGACUGUGAGGCCGAAGUUGAAAGUUUUAAAGAAGCGACGUUCCAGUCUUUUUGCAUCCAUAAAACGGGAAGUUAGUUUUUCACAAAGCCAUGAGGAAGACCAACGUGAGUUCCCUUUUUCACAGGAUAGCUCAGUCAAACCAUGGACUUCUAUGGACAACCUGGAUGCUCCUGAUGAGAAACAAGAAGAUCACAGCCCGCCAAAGCCAAGACUUCCAAACAUCGUCAGUGUAAAUGUUGGUGGAAAAGUAUUUCAUAUUCCAAAACAUCUGGCUCUGCGUCACCCAAAAACCAGGAUUGGUGUCCUUGCCCUGUGUGAUAAUCCAGUCAAGCGUCUGACGCUCUGCGAUGACUAUAAUGUCAUAAACAAUGAGUUCUUUUUUGACAGGGACCCUAUGUUUUUCCAUUACAUAUUUCACUUUUACUGCAGUAAUGUUCUGUGGGUGAUGGACAGUCUCUGCCCUGUCAACUUCGAGGAGGAGAUGUCAUUCUGGGGGCUGAAUCUAAGGGACAGUCCAAGGUGUUGUCGUAUUUUAUAUGAGGAGAAACUAGAUGACAUCAGAGAUCACCUCAAGGUCAACAAGGAGCUGAUUGAUGAGAUUAAACCUCACCAGGAUGACAGUGCUUACAAGACCAUGUUUCUGGGACACUUUCGAAAAGCCCUUUGGGACCUGAUGGAGAACCCUUAUUCUUCAGUGUCAGCCAAGGCCUUUGCUGUGUUCUCGAGUCUCUUUGUUCUUAUUUCUAUUGUUGCAAUGACAAUGAACACAGUGCAAGAACUCAGGCAGUACAAAGUCGCUGGCAAAACCUACAUGGAAUGGGUGGAGAUCAGCUCCAUCCUUUUCUUCACCUUUGAGUACUUUCUGCGAUUACUGACCACCUCUAACAUUAAAUGUUUUUUAAAGAGCACCCUCAACUUUGUGGACAUAGUGGCUGUGAUGCCCUACUUCAUCCAGCUCAUCUUUGAAGCAUUUGUCAUAGACACUGAGAACCUGAGUGCACAGGAAGAUUUGAAGGCUAUGUCGAGGGUCAGCAAAGUCAGCAAAGUCCUCAAAGUUAUCAAGCUAAUGCGUAUUUUCCGUAUCCUGAAGCUUGCCCGACAUUCUACUGGCAUGAGGGCGUUUGGUUUCACCAUUCGCCAGUGUUCUGAACAGGUAUGCUGUUUGUUUCUCUUCAUCGCCAUGGGCAUCUUCACCUUCUCUGCAUUGAUGCACUCCGUUGAGGUGGAUCAGCCCGGGACGCCAUUCAGCAGCAUCCCAGAUGCCUGGUGGUGGGCUGCGGUCAGCAUUUCUACUGUGGGCUACGGAGAUGUUGUACCUGUGGGCUAUUUGGGCCGCUGUGUGGCAUUCGGCUGCAUCUCCUUUGGCAUCAUCCUCAACGGCAUGCCCAUCUCCAUCCUGUUCAACAAGUUCUCUGACUACUAUGCCAAACUGAAGGAGCAGGAAUACACAUUCUCAAACACAGAGCGCACCUUCCAGCUCAGAAAACGCCUGAGACGUAAAUUUGACAGUUGCUUUGAUCCUCAGCCUGUAGAAUCAGACGAUGAGAUCCAACAACUGCCCAGUGGAAGACAAACUGGUCAGGAUAAGGAGAACUGAGUAAAGCAGCGGCGUUUAGAACAACCCACAUCCCAAAUGGCCUUAUCCUCCAUCCGUCUACAAACUGUCAGAUCCACUCUGCCUCCAAAGCAGACUCUUCGUGAUGAGUGGGUAAAUGGAGGCAGCAGCAAGUUGAGAUAAUCUAUAAGCCUCGGUUUAAUAGCUGGUGUAAACACGCAGUGUGUGACAACUGUCACAUAAAUAAGAUGCUUCCACUGGACAGAUGUGUUUGUUUCCCCACAAAAAAAAUAUCUGGUUGCAUCUACAAAUUUCUAAUGUCCCUGUACUUUAUGUUGUGAUCAUUCAAUCCAAAACAUGCACUUGAAAAUCAAACCUAAAAACCUAUAAUAAUGUACAUUUAUCACAUAUUAAUAAAUGUUCUGAGUGAGUGAAAAAUGAUUGAACCUAUUCUCUUUCCUGUGUCAGUCUCAUCUCACAGAGAAGUUCAUAUUACGUGCUCUCUCCUCUAAUAGAUGACAGUGUCUCUUUAAUGCAGUUACGUGGAAGUAAUGGCCCUGGUGUCAGUGGUUAAGUAGUGUCGUCACCAUCAAUUAAACUCUUAUCCUUCCUGUCUUUUUAAGACUUAAACACUGAUUUGCCAGGAAUAGGUGCUGUUUAAAGGGACUUAAGGGGAAGGUCAGUCAUGCAAAUUAAUCAGAUGGCAGAUUAAGAGUAUAAAAAAAGAAAUGAACAAUUUAACUGAAAUGAUUGCGUGCAACCUUAACGAUACAUCCAAUUUCAUUAGCUGGAGAAAGACCUUCGGAACGCAGAAAUGUCAGUACCAUUCAUUUUAAUGGGGUUUUAAGAGCAUGU